AUGAGGUCCCGUUGCCAACAUUCAUAUGCCAAGACCUUCAUCACUGCGAUAGCGCUGUUGCUCGCCAGUGGAGCCCUGCUGAUGAUCAUGAUAUGGUCCUUGUCACAUGCUACCAUAGUAUUAUGCAACACCCCCGAUUGUCUUAGGCAUGUCACUGAGCUCAAGGAGACCAUGGACACUAGCGUCGACCCCUGCAACGACUUCUACAAGUUCACGUGUGGCUCCUGGAAGCCGAAACGGGGAGAGCGCUCCAUGGUCGCGCGAGUCUUUGCCGAAUCGACCCAAAUCGCCAUUGAAGAGAUGGACGGCCCGAGCGAAAAUGCCGUGGUGCCAAAGGUGAUGGACUAUUAUAAGAACUGCAUCCAGCUACGCCAUUUCACGCCGACCGAUGUAGAACUCUACAUGAACUUCAAGCAGGGCCUAGGUUUCUUGUGGCCGGAGAAAAAACAAUCGGCCAUCGACGCGCUGCUCCCGUUGUUGAACCUUACUAUCACCUGGAACAUCAACUUCCUCUUUCAACUGGAGGCCUUGCCUGCAUACAAGCGGAGGCCGCAGACGCUAUACAUUACGCGUGGCAUACUGAGCCGCAGAUUUUUGGAUCCGACGUGGACACCAGUUACGUUUGCCGAAGUCGUCAGACGGCACUGCGGUGAACUCGGGGUCGAGCCGCCGUCCGACUCGAGCAUCCAGGAACUGAAGAGCACCGUGGAGGACAUCAUAAAUGCCGCGCUCAAACUUCCGCCGGACGCCACGACUGACACGCAGAUUAUGAUGAAGGAGAUUGAGCAGCUGAUGCCCAAACGGGCGUACGAUUGGCUCAUCAGUCUGAACAAACUGUACAGCCCCCAGUUCACGUGGACGCCGGACAGCCCCGUCGCUCUGGAAGACGAAGCAAUACUGCAGAGCGUGUACGCCCUGCUUGAGAACUACAAGGAAAAGAAGCAGACGCUCAUGGAAGGAUUAUCAUUCGUUUUCCUCCGAACGUCCCUGUGGUUCGUCGCAGGGAAACCAGAGCUGCGUUUCAGGUCCGACCUCAAAGUGGGCCGGCGUAUAUGGAAGCUGGCCUGCGUCAAGUACAUCGCCGGCAACUUCGGUUUGCUGAUUGCGGCCAGCCACAUUUAUACGCGCUACAGCAGCAGUGUGCGCGGCCAACUCGCACGUUUCCACCGGAGCAUUCAGACGACGAUCAAGCAGCAGCUGGAAGACGCCGAGUGGAUAGGCGCCACCAUCAAAAGUAAGGCGACCGUCAAAAUCGACGCAAUGACUCUGGACACGAUGCCAGAGGAGAACUUCUUCUCUGACGUCGAUCUCGCUCGGUUAUACCGAGACUUCCCAAGCAUCACCGCCUCGUUCAUUGAAAACUACAUCAAAGUCGCGGAAGCCUACCGGCUCCUCAUCGGCCAUGACAACUUCAUCAACGUCUACUCCAAGAGGCUCGGGGACGGCUCGCCAAAUCGAUACGAGUACUACUACAUCAUCGCCUACAUAUAUCUGGGUGCCAUGGAGCCCCCCAUACUCUACCUGAGUGGCACGACAGCCAUGAUCUAUGGCAGCUUCGGCACGCUCAUCGCAGAGUGCAGCGUGCGUUCGUUCGACAAGCGCGGCGUCUUCGUCACGGGCCAAGGCAAGAGAGAGCUUUGGUGGGACUCCCCGGCUUAUACGCAACGAGUCGGCUGCGACUUGUUACCUGACCGCAAGUCUGGAAGCAGUGGCACAACUUCUGAUGCGAACACGCUGCCAGCUGGCAGCCGCGACCCACGGGAGCUUCGUUUCGCGGCCUUGUUCCCCCUGGCACCGGCAUUGACCACAUCGUUCAUUGCGCACCGCCGGGCUAGCAUCAAAGACGGCAGGCACGUCCAACACUGCCUGCACGGUCUCGACGACUACACCGAUGACCAGGUCUUCUUCCUGACCUACUGCCUCAUGACCUGUGCCACGAACAGCACCGGUGAGACCUGCAAUGUGCCCCUACGACAGAUGCAGAGAUUCGCAAGCGCGUUCCGGUGCAGACACGGUUCACCGAUGAACCCAGUGAAGUGCACUUUUUUCUCGUAUCUGUGA